AUGUUGCAGCGGGACGCUAAAGGACAGUAUCUGUUUGACCUCAUCUGCCAUCACCUGAACUUACUAGAGAAAGACUACUUUGGCAUCAGAUAUGUGGAUCCAGACAAACAGCGGCACUGGCUGGAGCUCCCAAAAUCAAUUGCGAAGCAAAUGAAAUCUCAGCCUCCAUUUACUAUGUGUCUCAGACUCAAGUUCUACCCUCCUGAUCCUGCUGCCCUCAAGGAGGAAAUAACUCGAUAUCUUGUCUUCCUGCAAAUCAAGCGAGACCUCUACCACGGACGUCUCCUGUGUAAAACCUCAGAUGCAGCCAUGCUGGCAGCCUACAUCCUUCAAGCUGAGAUUGGUGAUUACGACCCCGGGAAGCAUCCUGAAGGCUACAGCUCUAAAUUCCAGUUCUUCCCAAAACAAUCAGAGAAGCUGGAGCGCCGGAUUUCAGACAUACACAAGACAGAAAUGAUUGGCCAGACACCUGAAACAUCAGAGCGAAAUUUCCUGCAGAAGGCCCAGAUGUUGGAAACAUAUGGUGUUGAUCCACAUCCAUGCAAGGAUGUGUCCGGGAACCCUGCUUUUCUCGCCUUCACGCCAUUUGGUUUUGUGGUGCUCCAAGGCAACAAGAGAGUUCACUUUCUGAAAUGGAAUGAGGUGACCAAACUCAAGUUCGAAGGCAAGACUUUCCACAUAUAUGCAAAUCAGAGAGAGGACAAAAAGAUCAUCUUGACAUACUUUGCACCGACACCAGAGGCAUGCAAGCACCUCUGGAAGUGUGGAGUGGAGAAUCAAGCUUUUUACAAGCUUGAGAAGUCAAGUCAGGUUCGCACAGUGUCCAGCAGCAACUUGUUCUUCAAGGGCAGCCGUUUCCGCUACAGUGGGCGAGUGGCAAAAGAGGUGAUGGAGCAGAGUGCCAAAAUCAAACGCGAACCUCCAGAAAUACACAGGGCUGGCCUUGUGCCCAGUAGAAGCUGUCCAUCUAUCACCCACGGGCCUCGGCUCAGCAGUGUGCCGCGCACGCGGCGGAGAGCUGUGCACAUAUCUAUCAUGGAGGGUGAGAACUCCGCAUCAGCUCUUUUACACAUGAGGUCAUACAGAGUCAGAGAAACACGGAAUUUUUGUUUACGCUCCCUUUUUUUGAGUAAAAUCUCACAAGUAUACAUUGUUCCAUACACAAGCUGA